CAAAAUCUUACGAAAGUUACCAUUACCAAUAAAGUAAAAUCAGCAUUCUUGGAAACCACAAACGCUAAAACCCCCCCUUAUCUCCCACGCCCCUUUUCCUUCUCUCUCCUAAUUAAAAUUAAAUUAAAUUAUGCUCAACAACACCACUAUUACUAGUGGCAGCUGUGGUAGGGUUUUCAAUUUUCAAAUAUUUGUUGUGUUGCUUUUCAACUCUGCAAUUUAGGGCUUCAUUUCCUUUUGUCGCCCUUCUUGUAACCCUAGCUGCCGAUUAAUCCUUUUAAUUUUUUGUUUCUUCUGCGGAUUUGCCCCCAAGCAAGUGUUUGCUGGAUCUUGGUUUUUGAUCGUUUUUUGAAUUUUUUUGGGCGGUUGAGUUGGGUUGGCGGGAAAUGGCGGCUGCAGAGGGGGAGAAUAAGGUGGAGGAAGAGGUGAGAGGAGGGGAGCUGCUCUUUUGCGGUACCACGUCGUGGGAUGCAAUGGGCCGCCGGAGGACCACGGCGGAGGAGAAUUUGGUCUCCCCGACGAGGUUGCGCCCACUUAUGGGGGUGGAUAUUCGCUUUGUUGCCUCUGGCUGCGUAUCUUGCCACUGUGUGGCAUUGGAUGUGGAUGGUCGCUGUUACACGUGGGGUCGCAAUGAGAAAGGACAGCUUGGUCAUGGUGAUAAAGUUCAGCGAGAUAGGCCGACAGUUGUUUCAGAAUUGUCCAAGCAUAACAUUGUUAGAGCAGGGGCUGGUAGGAGUCAUUCCGUGGUAGUGACUGAAGAUGGUCUCUCAUUUGCAUUUGGUUGGAAUAAACAUGGACAGCUGGGUUCAGGUUCCAUAAAAAAUGAGUUUGAGGUAUCUCCAGUUCGAUGUCAAGUAUCUGAAGUCAAAAGUGCUGUUUGUGGGGCUGAAUUUACAGUGUGGCUCACUUCUGUGGAAGGAUCUUCUAUUAUGACUGCUGGUCUUCCACAAUAUGGUCAGUUAGGGCAUGGUUCAAACAAUGAGUAUAAUACCAAGGACAGCUCUGUGAGGCUUGCUUAUGAAGCUCAACCUCGGCCUAGAGCUAUAGCCUCUCUUUCAGGAGAGACAAUUGUAAAAGCUGCUUGUGGAACUAAUCAUACAGUGGCUGUUACUAAGGAUGGUCAUGUUUACACGUGGGGCUUUGGUGGUUAUGGAAGGCUUGGGCAUAGAGAGCAGAAGGAUGAAUGGGCUCCUCGUCUUGUUGAUGUUUUCACAAGGCAUAAUGUGCUACCACCAAAUUCAAUUCUUUCAGCAGGUUCUGCCAACUCUGCAUGUACAGCUGGAGGUGGGCAGCUUUACAUGUGGGGCAAGAUUAAGAACAGUGGGGAUGACUGGAUGUACCCUAAGCCUCUCAUGGAUUUGAGUGGCUGGAACCUGCGCUGCAUGGAUUCAGGCAAUAUGCACCACUUUGUCGGGGCUGAUUCUUCAUGCAUUAGCUGGGGUCAUGCACAAUCUGGAGAGCUGGGAUAUGGACCUAAUGGGCAAAAAUCAUCGGCAAUUCCAAAGAAAGUGGACAUACUAGAGGGGAUGCAUGUUAUUAGUGUUGCCUGUGGAUUUGCCCAUUCCUUGGUGGUGGUUGAUAGAAAGGAUGCUGAGAGAAUUGAAGAGCUUGAAGUGCAUGAUGGUAAAGCGGCAGAAGCGGUAAUUGAACCAACUGAUAACGGAGCUGAUGUGGUUGAGAAAGCUCCGAAAAAGAGUUCUGCUAGAAAACCUCAAAACUCGAAAAAGAGGAAGAAUGAAAGUUCUUCGGAGGAUGAGGAAGAGGAUAACAGUGACUAUGGUGGUGACAGUGACGACAGUGAUGCAGUCAACGGUGAAGCACAACACGGAGGUGGGAGGAGCUCAGGCAGAGGGAAAGGCAGAUCUGCUUCAGCGAAAAAAGGCAGGGGUCGUGGGAGGGGCCGUCCUGCAUCUGAGACUACAAGUGCUGGAGGAAGAGGUUCAGGAAGGAGGGGAAGACCUAAGAAGUCAUGAGUCUUGAAUUCAUAUAUAUACACAUAUUUGAUUGAUGAAGUGUGCUUUUCUUUACAAUUUUCUGGGAUGCAUUCAAUUUUGAACCUGCUCCGAGUAAAAUGCAAUCCAAGAACUGAGGUAUGCAACCUUGUAUGUGGUAGAAGGGAAUAUAUUCGAGGACUCCAUGUAUUUGACUAUUUUUUUCUGACCAAGGAAAAAAGGAAAUUAGGAUAA